GUAGGUCGCCAGUUUUCCUUGUAUUUUUUUCGUAACCCGUACCCGUGUGUGUGAGCUAGACGGAGUGAGAUCUGUGGUUUCAUAAACGGGUAGCUCACCUGUUUUCCUUGUAUUUUUUUUUUGUGUGUUUGUUCCCUGCAGGGAAGAGGACAUUCUGAUGGCAGAGGAGUUUCUUGCAGCAGGAUAUGUGAUCCCAAGGCCGCUAUGGGAAGCAUGCAAGGAAUGGCGUGCAAAGCACAAUACGCAGGGUUUCUUAGGGUUGCCUCAAAAGUGCACAGCCAGCGGCAGGUCUGGAAAGGUUGCUACGACCCAGACUGAGUGUGAACCAUCCCCAUCUCCUGCAAAAAGCAAAGGCGAAAGAGGGUGUAAAAAGAAGAUGCGCAAAGCUGAGAGAGAGCUGAUGGCGAAAAAAGGCAAGGCAGACGAAGGGGCAACGGGAACCAUUCGUCACUUGUCAGGUGAAGGAAGUCAAGCAACACCUCCCAAGCCAGCAAACACAGUAACUGUUGCGAGCCAGAAGAACAAGGACCGCAAAGGCAAGCAGAAAGCAAUCUCUUUAUCUGUUGAACAGGAUCAAGGAAGCCAGCAGGAACUUGCCGAACCGCCUCCUCAGCUGCACACAAGUCAAGUUCAGCCUGCUAGUGCGGAGCUCCAGCAGGGCUCCUUCAGGUCCAAGGACUUGCCUGCCAUAUCUUGCACUGCAGAACCGUCAAGGAGCAUUACUCGUCUGGAUGAAAAAUCAAGUCUCCUCAUGGAAAUUUUUGGCCCCAAUCCACUGCGCAGGGCCCUGCUUGGCGAGUCGGAGGAUGUGAGCUCGACAAAUAAUGCUAGUGGGGACACCGUGGGCAAUAUUGUACUUGCUCCAAAUCAGAAGGGACCGGAAGAGAGAAACGAGACACCUGAGUGUGAAGAGCACAGUCCUGAUCAGCAAGAUACUGAUGAGGAUGACUGGCCUCGGUGUGGACGGCGCAAUUGGUCAAUGCACCCAGAUGGUAUGGAGGCGAAGUUCUCCAGUUACCUCGAUCCAAGGAGGGGCUUUUACUCUGAAGGUACCACAACACCCUUAUCAUUUUCAUUGUUGUCGUCGUUGUUCACGUCGUUGUUCUCGUCAUUGUUGUUGCUGUCCGUGGUUAUCGCCGUGGUUAUCACUGUGGUUGUUGUCGCUGUUGUCGUUGUCGUUGACAUCAUCGUCAUUGUUGACAUCGUUGUCGUCGUUGUUCUCAUCAACGUUGUCAUUGUUGGUGGCCGUGGUGGUGGUGGUGGUGGUGGUGCUGCUGCUGCUGCUGGAGUCAUUGUUGUUGUCGUUGCUGUUGGUGGUGGUGGUGCUGCUGCUGCUGCGGCGGCGGCGACGGCGGCUGCUGCUGCUGCUGCUGCUGCUGCUGGUGUUCGUGUUGAUGGUAGUGGUGUUGGUGGAGUUGGCAUUGCCGUUGUUCCUGGCGUUGUUGGUAGUGUUGGUGUUGUUGUUGUUGUUGGUGGUGGUGGUGGUGGUGUUGGUGGUGGUGAUGGUGUUGGUGUUGGUGUUGGUGUUUGUGUGGUUGUUGGUGUAGUUGCAGUUGCAGUUGGUGUUCGUGUUCGGGUUGCUUGUGAUUGGUGUCAGGAGGACUUGCGCAAAGGAUGGAAUAGGGGUGCUGUGGAUUUCGUCAAAAAGACAUAUGGGACAGAUAACUACGACCGAGUCUGUGAUGAGCUGGAGCACAUCGCACUAUCUUGAGGAAAGUUUUCAAUCCUCAUCAGCGCUCUCGGGUAUGCUCCUCGUUUAGUUCCAUUUCACCGAUAGCCCAGUAAUCUU